UGUUGUUAAAUGAAUGAUAAAGACAGGUGGCGGGGGUACUGUUUCAAGUACCAAGAGAGCUGUAAAGCCUUGGCUAUCACUCCACUUUAUUGUGCAAGACCAUUACAUGGAACAGGUUGCAUUGCAAGACCUUUCCCCUGCUUUAUUAGUGCUCUUGUAUGAAAGGCUUUAGGCUGCACGUUAAACUGAUAACAGCAUUUGUUUGAAUCACUGAGCCGAAACUACUGUCUAGUUGAAAUUAUUUGAAACAAUUCUAACGUGCAUUAGCUACGUACGUUUUUUAACAAUGCUAUUUUUAGAAUGAAAUUAAAGUGAAAUCCCUGACAUGUAUUAUGUAAUAUACAAAAUGGGAGAUCUGACUGAUUUAGAUAGUCUUGGUAAGUGCAUCUGUAUCAAACGCUAAUUACUGCUAUUUCACAAUGACUAUAAAACAGACUGUGCUGCAGAUUUUUACCCCUGACUUCCCUAAUCGUAUUACAGGCGGGAAGAACUGACGCUCUUCUGGCAGGUGUUUCAGGUUUUUUUGUCCAAUCCAGCACCACUACAAACAAUGCCCCGUUUCCUUAUUAAGACGGGGAUUGAGAACGAGUGACACACUGUUGUGAUGACAGGGUAUCUGGUGUGGAUUUCAGAAGGUUAGAUAUUUAUAUCAGUGUUAAUGGAGCGCAGGUCUGUAUAGCCUGGUGAGUGGGCCCCUGUGCAGUUGUCCCGGCUGCACCCACUAUACCUCCGCCACUGUGUGUGUGAGUAGAUAUUCCAUUUAAAAGUGAAACCCCUGGACAAAAGCGUCUGCCAAAUAAACUAAACUAACAGGCACCUAUGUGCAAAGGCUACACGUUCCCAUUUCCACUGCCCGUGCUAACAGAUCCUCAAUAUUAAGUCCACCCCACAAUUAAUCCCCAAGUCUGUUGGCAGGUUUCACUGUACAAAAUGAAUCUGGGACAGAAAGGCGUCGUUUUCCAAGUUUCUGCAGCAGUUUGAAACGGGUACCUUAAAAAGUCUGGCAGCAGCCGCAGGACAGUCUUUACACAGUUACACCGCAGCCUGCAUCAGGCAACUCAGACGCAGGGUUACUGUACCGCGCUUCCGUGCUGCAGGUACGAACUCGGCGUGUGUUUUGUAUGAAUGCAUAUCGUAUUUCUCUCCUUCUCAACCACAUGCUCACAUUAAUAAAACAAAUACCUAUUAACAUGUUUGCAUUUAAUUGAUAUUAUUAUUAUUGUCCCCGUUCGGCCCCAGCGAGGUUUAUCUUAACCCUCACACGACCAGGCACAUAGCAGCCAUUACAUCCGCAUGAAUUAAAUCAACCGCAUGUCAUGCUAACGAACCCCUGUAAUGCAACAUUAAGAUACAAAUAAAACGAACUUAUUGAAAUGAAAGCUGCUGUUUUUUCGCUCACCUCGUAGUGCUUCAUCCUCGCUGUGACAGUUUGGACUCAAACGCCAGUCCUCCUGACCUCUCCCCCCCGAAAGCCAAUCAGAGGAUAACCAAUCCGCGAUCGGAGAUUCUGUCACCUUCAAGCCAAUCAGCGAUCGGGUUAAAGCAGUAACGCCCCAAUGAGAAAGCGCAGGACCAUCGUGACGACCAAUCAACACGAGGUCUGAAAGGAAACCCAGGAGGAGGUGGUCCCACUGGCUCAAGCAGCUACACGUUCCAUGGAGACCCUCACGCCAUGUUUGCAGAAUUCUUUGGGGGGCAAAACCCAUUUGACUCCUUCUUCUCACGAAGCAAUGGAGGGGAGGACGUUGAUAUGGAAGACCCAUUUGGAGGGUUUGGGAUGGGGGGGAUUGGGGGCAUGGGAGGCAUGGGGGGCUUCCCAAGGGGGUUUUCCAGAAACGCAGGCCAGAUGCACCACGAUGGACUCACGAAAAAGCAAGACCCUGCAGUGGUUCGUGACCUCAUGGUAUCCCUGGAUGAGAUUUACAGUGGGUGCACCAAAAAGAUGAAGAUCUCGCACAAGAGACUCAACCCGGAUGGCAGGAGCACCAGGACAGAAGACAAGAUUCUGACUAUUGAGAUCAAGAAAGGCUGGAAGGAAGGGACCAAGAUCACUUUCCCCAGAGAGGGAGACGAGACACCCAGUAAUAUCCCGGCUGAUAUUAUCUUCGUGGUGAAAGACAAGCCUCAUCCAGUUUUCAAAAGAGAUGGUUCUGAUAUCCUCUACCCAGCUAAAGUCACGCUCCGAGAGGCUCUCUGCGGAUGCACUGUUAAUGCACCUAUGCUGGACGGCCGGAUAAUUCCAGUCUCCUUUAAGGAUGUCAUCAAGCCUGGGAUGAAGUGGCGAGUCCCAGGCGAGGGGCUCCCCCACCCCAAAAACCCAGACAAGCGGGGGGACAUGGUGCUGGUUUUCGAGGUGAAAUUUCCUGACAGGUUACCACAGAGCACAAAGGACACACUAGGACAGUUGCUUCCAGCUUAGACCUGCGUUCUUCAGAGACUGUGUCCAUAUUCCUUUCAAAACACUUGCAGAUGCACAAGGCCAAAACGAACAGGGAACAUGUAAAUGGUGAUUUCAUGAGGUGUUGUGUUUUAUUUUAUUGGAGGUAAUUGAAAUUGCUACUUUAUUAUUUCUUUCAUACUAUAAAUGUCAGAUUUGAUGUUUUUUGUCUUCUGUGUUUGGUUAGACCUCAUUUAAUAUCUGUUAAUGGGCUAACCAAGUUGGCUCUUGUACCCGAGAGCCGGUUUGAAUGUUGGUUCUAUAUGGAACAUAAAUACAGCCUGUUUUACAGACUGACAUGAAAAACAAGCUCAUUGAAGUCUGUUACUUAAGAACUUACACUUUUGGUUCAGUUACCUUAAUUCUCAUCUCAAAAUGACUUGGUUUAAGGACAUUUUCAAAGCCUUUUACUGCGUCUUUAAUGUUUUGUUUUUUUUUUUUGUAAAGGUUUACCUCAAGUUAUAAAGAAUGCAUUUUAAAAAUUGUUUUUUUAUUUGGCCAAAAUGUGUUUUUUUUUUUUUUAAUUCACUCUGUUCAGUAUUAGAUUAAGCUUUAAGACUUGAAUCUGAACCUCUUUUUUUUUUUUUUUUAAAUACCUACUUCCUGUGUACAGUAUGUUCAUUCCAAAACUAGGGAGCUUCCAUAUGAAAAAGAAAGGUUAUGUGUUGAAAACCGAUCUGAAAAACAACACAAGCGGACUAAACCUGCUUAAUCCAUCAAGUGGACUAAAUUUGGUACGUUGUAAUUGACCCCUUUUGUGUUUAAAAAUAAAUUAUAUUUUGUGAGCAUUGUUUAAAUUGUCAAAUGACUAGUUUCACAGACAUCGUUAGCACUAGUCUAACAGUCUGUGUUUGAAACCAAACGCCAACAGCGGUUCAAGAAAAGGGCUUAAUACGAGGCGGUCCCAGGUUCAAAUCCUGGCUCGCUGUGUGUGCCCUGAGCAAGUCACUUAACCUGCCUGUGCUCUGUCCUUCGGAUGAGCUGUAAAGCAGAGAUCCUAUUGCAACUCUGCAGCAGUUGUUGAUUCAUAGUUCACCUGGUCUAAACGCAUCUGCUAAAUGACUAAGUGUAGAUUAACAGCCUUAAUAAAAAUAACUUGUAUGAUGGCACUAUUUGUGAACAUAAUUGUUUUAGCCACUUUUGAUAUAAAAUAUAUUCUAAAUAUAAAUACUGGUAUAUCAAGGAUUUGUGUGUAAAAAUAAGUUUAAAGCUUGUAUUCCACAAUAUUAUUCAUUUAUAGGACCAAAAAAAGACAUUCCAAUUAUAUUUGAAUUGUAAAUGGUGUAUAUUCACAUUUUCAUAUGGGAACGCUUGGAAUAUGUUCAAUAAACAAAAUAAAUGUUACUGAAUUUAUGUACUUUCUCACGUGUUUUGAAUUUGACAUGUAGAAUGAACCUGAGUCUCAAUAAAACAUGAAAAUGGAACUGUAUGUCAAGAGAACACUUGGAAUUUUCUUCAAAUAAGAAUUUAUUUUUAACUGUGCCAAAAAAAAAAAUGUUAUGUUGUAUUAUUGGUUGCUGUUUUCAAGAGGGGUGUUAAAUAAAACUUUUGUUAAUGUCA